GACAGGCCCGUCACUUCCUGAGCCGGCAUCCCUGCCGCGGAGUGGCAGCGGGACGAGCCGGGUGGGGACUCGCAGCUCGCGAGCUAGAGCCCGGAAGGCCCCGCAGUCCCGACGCGGCCGGGCCGAGCGCGCCCGGGGCGGACAACCCAGGGCAGGCGGCGACACCGGCCCGGGCCAGCGCCGGCCGGCCGGCGGGACUGGGCCGGGACGGGGGAGGAGCCGGGCGGGAGGAGCCAACUUCGCUUUCGCGCCGCUGCCGCCGCCUUAGCGUCCAGAUGCCAGCCUGUGGUGGCCUUUACAAAUAAAAACAAACAGAAAACUUGGAGCAGCCAGUGAAGGCCAAGGCCCGCAACAUGGGUGCCAUUGUCUCCACUGCGCAGACGGGGACAGAGAGGCCCUGAGGAAGGAAGGGCAAGGUCACGGGACAAGCGCGUGCAAUUCAAACGUGUGCCUGGGUGUUGGCGCUAAGGCUCACGCUGCUUUUCUUUGGACUAGUGUAUAUCCCGAAGUGGCCAGAAAGAUUUCAAACACAAUUUGAAAACCGCCCGGUUCGAUGAAUCUCACUAGCUGCCACCUGCCCGCAGACAAACAUCGCAUCUUUCUGCCAGCCCCAAGCACGCGUGGGGCGGGCCCGGCCCACCUUCUCACCACGCUGUGAGACUGGAGCACAGGCCUGGAGAGGGUAAUUUGCAUAUUUCCCCAAGAACCAUCCAGACGCUGGCAGCCUGUUUUCAGACCUAGACGGGAGGCCUACAGUUGUUUCCAGAAAUCUGGAAAGAGGGAGAGAGAGAAACAUCCAUGUGAAAGAGAAACAUCAAUCAGUUGCCUCCUGUUCACACCCCAACGGGGGACUGAACCCACAACCUAGGAUUGGCAAUGGCCACACGGGACAGAUCAAGCCUGAGGCUGCACCCAGUGGCCGAGCCGGCCACGGAGGGGGAGCCACGUCAGCCCAUGGGCCGGGAGUUGUCCGAGGCCAACCGCUUUGCCUACGCCGCCCUCUGUGGCAUAUCCCUGUCCCAGCUGUUUCCAGAACCUGAGCAAAGCUCCUUCUGCACGGAGUUUGUGGCGGGCCUGGUGACGUGGCUGGAGCUGUCCGAAGCUGUCUUGCCGACCAUGAACGCCUUUGCCAGCGGCGUGGGAGGAGAGGGGGCUGACAUGUUUGCUCAGAUUUUAAUGAAGGACCCCAUCUUGAAGGAGGACCCGUUGGUGAUCACCCAGGACCUGCUGAGCUUCUCCCUCAAGGAUGGGCAAUACGACGCGCGGGCCCGAGUCCUCAUUUGCCACAUGACCUCCGUCCUCCAAGUGCCCCUGGGGGAGCUGGAGCUCCUUGAAGAGACAUUCCUUGAGAGCCUGAAGGAAACCAAGGAGGAGGAAUCUGAAACGGCCGAGGCGUCCAGGAAGAAGAAGGAAAACCGGAGGAAAUGGAAGCGCUAUCUCCUGAUAGGCCUGGCGACCGUCGGAGGCGGGACAGUGAUCGGUGUGACCGGGGGUCUAGCUGCCCCUCUUGUUGCCGCCGGGGCCGCGACGAUCAUCGGCAGCGCCGGGGCAGCGGCUCUGGGCUCAGUAGCCGGCAUAGCUGUCAUGACCUCGCUGUUCGGUGCCGCCGGAGCCGGCCUGACCGGAUACAAGAUGAAGAAGCGUGUCGGGGCCAUCGAGGAGUUCACGUUCCUGCCGCUGACGGAGGGCAGGCAGCUGCGCAUCACCAUCGCCAUCACGGGGUGGCUGGCGUCCGGCAGAUACCGGACCUUCAGCGCCCCGUGGGCCACGCUGGCGCACAGCCGCGAGCAGUACUGCCUGGCCUGGGAGGCCAAGUACCUGAUGGAGCUCGGCAAUGCCCUGGAGACCAUCCUCAGUGGCCUCGCAAACAUGGUGGCCCAGGAGGCCCUGAAGUACACCAUGUUGUCUGGCAUCGUGGCUGCUCUGACCUGGCCGGCCUCACUCCUCAGUGUCGCCAGCGUCAUCGACAACCCCUGGGGGGUGUGUCUCCACCGGUCAGCGGAGGUUGGCAAGCACCUGGCCCACAUCCUGCUCUCCCGGCAGCAGGGCCGGCGACCUGUCACCUUGAUUGGCUUUAGCCUGGGAGCCAGAGUCAUCUACUUCUGCCUGCAAGAGAUGGCUCAGGAGAAAGAUUGCCACGGGAUCGUUGAGGACGUCGUCCUGCUGGGCGCGCCCGUGGAAGGGGACGCCAAGCACUGGGAGCCUUUCCGGAAGGUGGUGUCCGGGAGGAUCGUCAACGGUUACUGCAGGGGAGACUGGCUGCUGAGCUUCGUGUACCGCACGUCCUCGGUGCAGCUCCACGUCGCCGGCCUGCAGCCCGUGCAGCUGCAGGACAGGAGGGUGGAGAACGUGGACCUGUCCUCCAUCGUCAGCGGCCACUUGGACUACGCCAAGCAGAUGGACGCCAUCCUGAAGGCCGUGGGCAUCCGCACCAAGCCAGGCUGGGACGAAAAGGGGCUUCUGCUGGCCCCAGGCAGCCUGCUCCAAGAGGAACCUCGCCAGGCGGCAGCCGCCUCCUCGGCAGACAAGACCCCCGAGCAGGAUGGGCAAACCCAGGGUCCAGCACCCGGAGACACCUCCGGAGCGCCCACAUCCGACAACCCCAGCCAAGCCCAGGUGCCAACGGGGCCGGACCAGUCCAAAGGGGCCGCCCUUCCCACUGCUGCCUGCCCUGCCGAGAGCCCCCAGACGUGCAGCCACGGCGUGAGCCCCAACCCACUGGGCUGCCCCAGCUGUGCCAGCGAGGCCCAGAGGCCCUGCCCAGGACUGGAUUGACCCCAAAAGGGGACUUGAGCCGUCUUCCCAGCUCCCCAUAGGCCUUGCUGCUCUCUUGCCCCUUCCACCAGGCUCCCCAAGGGAGCUCUGAAGAACUCCCACCAGUGCCCUCCCAGACUGAAGGCUCUGGGGUUGAAGAGCAUGGAGCUGACAGGAGGGAGACCUGUAGGGAGAUGACGGUCCCUCCCUGGGGACGCGAAGCCAGAGCCCCGUGGAAUCAACCGAGCACAGCCGAGAGCCCAGGACCACCCGCCCAGGGGUCACAGCCGUGACGUCUGACCGUCCAUCAGGAGGUCCGGGGGGCUGUCCGGGGCCUGAGGCUCCCACCCGCCACUCUCCCUUGGCCUCAGUCAAGCCAGAUGUCUGCCUGCUCUCCCGUCCACUCCAGGGCUGUCCCCCAGCCCACAGGUUCCAGUAGGGAGCGGGCAGCUCACCCUCUGCUCUGGGAGUUCCGGUCAGAUCAGCCACUUACGGCCAUGCGGGCUGAGCACUGCACAUCUGCAGGGGCGUCAGUCCCACAGACGUGAUGUGAAGGGCGCCCCCCAAGGUGCGCUACACCGUGGCCCCAGAUGUCAUUGUAACAGCAGCACGGCCAGUCAGUGCUGAGUCUGCCAGCAGUACAGGUGGGAGCUGGCCCCUGGCAAGAAUGCGUUGUAUGGGGAAAGGAUUUCCUGUAGCAGGUACAGAGGUGAUGAUGAAAAUAAAAAAAGAAUGAUGGCUACCA